UCAAGUCACUGCUUUCAUUCCACCAUUUUGGCUCUGCCUACCCCACUCCUCCCUCCCCCACCCCCUGGAGGACUUCCUACAGCCUCUUAGUGUAGCAGAUAGAGUUCUGGGCCUGAGUUAGGAAGACCUGAGUUCGAAUGCAGCCUCUAGGUGUGUGACCCAAGCAAGUCACUUAGCCUCUGAUUGUUUCAGUUUCCCUAUCUGCCAAAUGGGGACAAAAUUAAUAGCUUCUACCUCCCAUGGUUGUUGUGAGGAUCAAAUGAAUUAAUAAUUACAAAGUGCAUUGCAGCCCUUAAGGUGCUACUGUGAUGCCACCUUCCUGAAGAUCCAUUCCAUCCAGUCUUAGAACCUCUUCCAGGCACCUACAAUUCCACAGUUGCCUCACUCUUCCCUGAUUUCUGGCUACACACUGCUGCCUCAUAUCCUGAGACAAGCCCUAUGGACAGUAACUUACCUGAAUUCCUUCUUCAGUGACAAAAAGUCAAUUCUACUAUAUAACACAUUACGUGUGUUCCCAGAAAGCACUGUAAAAACCACAAGGUUUGUGGGGAAGCUGGAGUUGGGACACAUUACUCAAAAAUCCACCAGUGACACACAGAAAAUAUAUAAUACAUAUUUUACACUUAGUAUAUAUUCUGGGAUCCAUGGACAAUGGCCUUCUUGCUUUUCCUUGCAUGUGACAUUCCAUCUUCCUACCCCUGGCACUUUCACAAGUUGUCCCCUCCGCCUGGAACUCUCCCCUUACCUCUGCCUCCUGGCUUCCCUUCAGUCUCAGCUGGAGAGCCAUCUUCUGCCAGAAAACCCCCCUCAAUUCUAGUGCCUUCUCUCUGAGGUUAUUUCAACUUAUCCUGAAUAUAUCUUGUUUGCACAGAGAUAUUGGCAUGUUGUCUCUCUUGUUAGACUAUGAACUCCUCAAGGAGAGGCAUUGUUUUUUGCCUUAGUGUCCUCAGAUUUUGGCUUAUUGCCUGACUCCCAAAACUACUUUCUCUUGUAUUUACACAUGUGUUUAUAUAUCCAUGUGUGUAUAUGUAAUAUACAUAAAAUGUCUGUCCUUACAGGGUUUCCCAAAAAUCUCAGUUCACUUUUAAGCUUAAAUAACUUGAGAAUGCUACAAACUUAACAACAUUUGAAAGGUUAAUUAUUUAAAAUUUUAUAAUACUGAUUUUUUUUUUACUGAAAUUCAGCAUGCCUACCAUUUUGUGGCUUAAAUCACUCUAGUCAAUUUUUGAACUUUGUGAAAAAUUUCAUCAGCUGCUGUUCAGUGACUGAAAGGAUUGUGUUUGUAAAUCUAGUCUUAAGAUUAUCAAGGGAACAAGGUUUUGAAGCAUACAUGAUAGUUUUUGGGGACCUCCUCAAGAAAAGGUCUAGUGAAAAACAGAUCAUGUGACUAGGUGGCUUAAGCACAUGGACCUCCUCCACCAAUCCACUGGUUUGAGAAAUUGUCUUCCAGAAACUCACACUUGUAGUGCAUGAUGACAAAAUGACUUAUCUUUUUAAAAAAUUUAAAAUUAUUGUUCAAAAUUCACAAAACUACUUGUGAGAGAAUUUUAAAUAAUUUAAUUUCCAAAUUUUUUUAGGGUAGGUUUGUAACAUUCAUAUCUCUGAAUAUCUCUGAAGUUAAUAAUGCUUACAGUGACACCAAGACUUUUGAGAAGUGUGUGUGUGUGUGUGUGUGUUUGUGUGUUUGUGUGUUUUAAAGUCAGGUUUUAUCUUUGUAUCUCAAUUUAGUACAGGUCCAGGUACUUAGUAAACAUGUAACAAAUAUUUGUUAAUUGAUUGUGUCCAUAAUCCUUUUAAAGAGCCAACCUUUGGAUAUUUACUCUUCAUCCAUAAGUAUCUUUUAAACUUUUCUUUUCUUUUUUUUUCUUAUUAACUUUCAGUAUGAGGGAUUGUGGUACUCAUUACUCAAAGCAGUGGUUAACUUCUGAUUUGUUUUUAUUUGACUUUGUAAUGCCUUUUUAUACUAAUUAAAGUAUUUCUCAUAUUCUAGGACUUAUAUGCAGUAUGUGAAGCUGUGUGUUAUAAACCCAACCCCCAAUGCCCAGCUUUUCUUGCCAACACUUACUGUUUCCUAGGAUGGACUAGGAUGACACCUUAAACAAAGUUUUCUUCUCUCCAUAAACUUGUAGCUGAGGAGGCAGCUGGUAGAGGGGGGAAAGAAUAGCUCUGGUGAUAGAGGACCUGAGUUCAAAUCCCACCCGUGAUGCUUUCUUCCUAUAUAACCUCCCUAUGUCACAGUUUCCUCAGUUGUAGAAAGGGCAGUUGGGAAUGGAGAGGAAGAAGAGGCAGAGUUGGUCUAGAUAGCCACUGAGGUCCCUUCUGAAUCUAUAUCAGAGUUGAGAGAAGCACCUUAGAGAUGUCUGAUUUAGAGAAGUUAAGUGGAUUCCCUGGAAUGUAGCUCCCCAGGGAGAUUAUUCAGCCCUUUGUUUAGACAGAUAUCCUAUUAAUAGGUCUUUGUGAAGAAAAAAGUGAAGAUUUAGACAGUAGUACAAAUAGAUAAGUAACUUUCAGUUUGAGUUUAAGACUUUUCAUCUAGUCUUAUACUCUCAGUCAGUGACUAAAGCAUUGAUUUUUUUUCCUUCAAAAUUCACACUUCCGCUGGUGUGCCUGGAUUAUUUUUGUAGACAUUCACAUAGCCUUACUGUAGUAACAGUUUUUAUUGCUUACUUACUUCUUUCAACCUUGAGUCCAUCUCUGUUUCUCGGCAAUGUUUUUCCAGUAUUCUUCAAAAAUAUCACUCUCAUCAGAUUAGUUUCCUCCCUGCCCCACAAACACACCAUGUACAUUGCAUUGUCUUCAUUCUUUAUGUUAUCCUUACCUGGAAUCUCUUUUCCUUUCUCUGCCUCAGAUAGAAACACGACACCAUCUUUCAAGGGGUCCUUUCACUCCACUAUCUAAAUUUUUAUUCUGUUCUCCUGCUCUAAAUUCUUAGGGCAUUUGUAUCACAUAAUUUGGUGUGAUAUUAUACCUAUUCUAGAAUCUUUGCCAUCAUUUUGUUUGUGUUAUUCUUGUCAGCUAAAGUAAGUGGGAAACUCCUUGGACAUUGAGACUAUGUAUAUUCCCUCAAAGUAUUUGUCACAGUGUUGUGUAGAUAGAUACCCAGGAAAUGUUGGUUGGUUACAGAUAAUUUGUUCUUGGAUAAUUGAAAAUUUAAUAUACCUUAGAGGUCUUUCCACUAUCUCUUCAUGUGUUCUGGUUGUUGAAACAGGAUAGUUUAUUGUUCCCUUUUCUUUUCACUUGAUUCUUUGCAGGGCCCAGGGAAAAAAAAUAACAGCAUAUGAGCACAUGAAGCACCUCAUAUGCUUAACCUAAAUAGUCAGUUGUCAGCUGCUAAUGUUCCUCAGUUUGAAACAAUGUGCAGUUAUGUAAAUGCUACACUUGAGGAAUUUCUGGCCUGGAGCUGUGGCCAAGGUGUUAGCAUUGCUGGGCCUUUUAGCCAUUAUGAUAAUUCCAAGUUCUGGGCUUAUGCUGACUACAAAUAUCUCGCCAGUGUGUUUGAAGAUAAUACAGAUGUUUUACAGAAUGUAGUAUGGUCUGACUUUGGUUUUCCUGGAAGAAAUGGAAGAGAAAGCACAUUGUGGAUUGGCUCACUGGGAGCCAACACACCCUGCCAUUUGGAUUCCUAUGGUUGUAACUUAGUACUCCAGGUACAAGGAAGGAAAAGAUGGCAUCUCUUCCCUCCUGAAGAUACUGCUUUUCUUUAUCCAACCAGAAUCCCCUAUGAAGAAUCUAGUGUUUUCAGCAAAGUCAAUGUUGUCAAUCCUGAUUUAAAACACUUUCCUCAGUUUCUGAAAGCUCAAAGGCAUAUGGUUACACUGUACCCAGGACAGGUCUUGUUUGUUCCCAGACACUGGUGGCAUUAUGUAGAAUCCAUCGACCCCAUCACUGUCAGUAUAAACUCGUGGAUUGAACUGGAGGAGGACCAUCAGGCUCGGGUAGAAGAGGCCAUCACCCGAAUGCUAGUAUGUGCCUUGAAAGCUGCAGAAGAUCCCACUAAUACCAAAGCCUGGCUAAACCCUACGGAAGUGGAGGGAACUUCUCAUGAAAUCAAUCGUCAGUACUUAAAUGGAGCCAUUUCUGCCUAUUUGGAACACAAUAAAGUAGCAGAAGCAUUAACACCCACAGAGUUUAAAAUAAAUGGUGAGCACAGAGUGGAGGCAACCUUGAAAAAGAGAAAAUUGGAUGUACACACCAGAACAAAGGAGAAAAAAUCACCUUGUCAUAAAUUAGCUACGGGUACAGCAAAGCCUGAGGAGAAGAUUCCCUUUGGCCUGGAUCUAAUUCCAGUAUUACCCAGUCUUCAGAAUGAAUCUUCAGAAAGAGGAAUAGCUGAGAGUGAUGUUAAAGACCUUGUCAGGGAGAGUGGGGCACAUGUGGAGAAAUUAAAUUGUGCGCAAGAGCAGCCAGUGAUGAAUAAAGCUGAGAUACCACUUGCAAGUAACAUUGUUUCUGACAGCACCACGUGCCCUUCUCAACCGUUCAUCUCUACAGAUGACUUGCUAGAUUGUUUGGUGAAUCCAAAAGUAAUCAGCUUAGUAGCACAACUUUUGUUACAAAAAAGAACUUGUAACUUGUAAGUAUAAUUUUUUAAAAAAUUAAAUGAUGCUACAUUAAAAGGUA